UUUCAAACUUUCCAGUUUCCAUCUUAUCAUUCCGAAGCUAAGUAUAAAUCUAUCAAUUGCUCAAUAUAGACGAUGAUAUUGUUAGUUUUUUUUUGUGUAUGUUCAUUUCUGAAGUUCACCGAUUCCGAACUACCUUUGGAAUAUUGUACGGAACUGAUAAAUUAUGACACAUUAUAUAGAGAAUGUUUACAUAACCCAAAAACUAUUCCAUUAUCGUAUAAAACCAGAUGUAAGGAAUAUAAAAAAGAUGGUCGAGAGUGCAAAAAGCUUUUUAAGCAUAUUUCAAAGGUAACUACACGUAAGAAGAAGCACCGUUUUACCGCCAGAGUUACAUGCCCCACAUGCCCUACUACUACUAAGUACUACUACUACUACUACAACCACUACUACAACUACCACUACAAGCACUACAAGAUCUACUAAAAUCAUUGCCGAAGAGUGCAUUGGUGCUGGCCCAUCAUAUUGUACAAUAAAAUAUCUUAUAAAAAGGAAUCCACAAGAUUUAAAACAUUCGAAACAGAGUAAGCAUUUCAAAUUGUUUAAAGCAUCUAACUAACUUAUAGUUAUCUACUUAUCUAGAACAGCGUGAGAGUCAUACAAGACCUAUGCAUCAACAACGCCGUUUAAAGUCUUCCAAAAAUGAUAACUCUUUCAGGAAAAAUAAGAAGACGUAUAAUCCUAACGAAAAAAACCUUGAUAUCAUGGAUAAAUGUUUGAAGAAAAAAUACACUAUAUCGUUUAUCAAGUGUUUGAAAGACAAUGGAUUCUAAGCACUGAGUUGAAAGAUCGGAUUUUUAAAACAAAUGAAUCCGAAACUCGGUGCAACAAAAUUGUCAACAAAAUCUUAUUUCGUUUUAAUGUUCUUUAUUAUGAAUAAAUUGACGGAAUAAUAUGAUGAAUGUGCAAAA